CUGGGUCAAUACUAUAUAGCUCCCCUCCUCCACCACAUACACAAGCAGGGCACCCCAAGAGACAUUUUGUCCUGAGGAAUUCAUCACCACAGCCGGAAGCGUGACUUCCCCUCCACAGGGAAGUUCUGGAAUCCACUGUGGCCUGACCCUGCCAUCAGAAACAGGGGAAAUGCCUCCCCCCCUCCCCCCGCCCCAUGGGCCUGGCUCAGAACAAAGCUUGGCAUGUUCCUCAGCCCUCAUCCAUCUGAGCAAGUAGGUAUUUAUUUGUGCCUCUCAAACGGGUGGCUUGGACAUGGUGUUCCACUGCGUGGCUGAGUCCCAAGCGAAAUAGCCGUUACUAUAGCAACAGUUCCUUUUUAUUGAUACCAGAAUAAACAGGAAUGCAAAGCUGCCUCCCAUCCCCAGGGGCUUAAGGACCGCCCUUUGAAGGCGGACUGCCCCGGGCCAGCCCAGAGCUGCCGGAGUGCCCAGCCCGGCACACGCCACAAGGCAGUGACUUCUCCAGACUUUCCUUCCUGAGGACCCGGCUGAGAACCUCCAUGUAUUCAGAGAUCCAGAGGGAACGAGCUGACAUCGGGGGUCUCAUGGCCCGGCCAGACUAUAGAGAGUGGAACUCGGAGCUCAUCAAGCCCAAGAAGCUGCUGAACCCCGUGAAGGCCUCCCGGAAUCACCAGGAGCUGCACCGAGAGCUACUGAUGAACCACAGAAGGGGUCUCGGCGUGGACAGCAAGCCCGAGCUGCAGCGCGUGCUGGAGCACCGCCGGCGGAACCAGCUGGCCAAGAAGAAGAAGGAGGAACUGGAGGCCAAGCGGCUGCAGUGUCCCUUUGAGCAGGAGCUGCUCAGGCGGCAGCAGAGGCUCAACCAGCUGGAAAAAAAACCCGAAAAGGAAGAGGAGCACGCCCCGGAGUUUAUCAAAGUUCGGGAAAACCUUCGCCGAAUUGCCACGCUGAGCACUGAAGACAGAGCGCUGUAGAGCUGGCUGGCAAGCCGCCCAAGCCUCACCCCGCCUCCAGCCCCCCAGGCCUGGCAGCCCCCCAGCCACCGGCCAUCAGCAGUGCGAUUCUGCCCCCUUAGACAUGUGUGGUCCUCCCCCCAGAAAGUGGGGGAUACCCCUAAGCCCCAAGCAGGUAGGCCCAAGGCAGGGAUUGCUGGGGAGCCCUGAGCUCCCCCUUGGAUUUGAACUUGUGAGUGCAGAUCCCUGCCUCCCGUCCCAAGUGGAGGCCAGGCGGGGGGCCCAGGAGAGCAUUCUCCAUUGCCCAUUUCUGACAGGGCCUGAAGAGGCUGGCAGGGAGCCUCUUUGGCCUUCCCAUCAGGAGCCUGAAGGCCCACGGGCCCUGUGUCUCACAGCAGCCAAACUCCCAAGCCCAUGCUCCUGCUUCUCCUCUCUCCAGCCCUCCCCAGCUAGUCCAGGCAAACACACCUAGACAGAGCUACCGUGUUUCCACUCCUAGGUUAGGACAACACUUGACCAACUUCACUGAGCACAGGAAUGACAGGGAGUUCCCAUCUAGCAAGCUCCAGGUGAGACCCAAGCAGCAGGGCCAAAGUGUCUGGGGUGGUGCAUAGCAAAACAUCAUCCACAGCUGGGGUGCCAGGGACUCACGCCUGUACCCCUAAGCACCCAGGAAGCUGAGAUUUAAGGACUGCAGUUCCAAGCCAGCCUGCACAGAAAAGUCCAUGAACUCUUAUCUCCAAUUUAGCAGCAAAAAGAGCCCCAAGUAGAACUAUGACUCUAGUGGCAGAGUGCUAGCCAUGAGCAAAGAAGCUAAGGGUCAACACACAGGCCCUGAGUUCAAGUCCCAGUAACCUCCCUACAUACACACAACCAUCAUCCACCUCUGUCCUGAAGGUUCCCAACCUGCAGCCCUCAUUCCUUAUUAUCCAGCCCAACCCAGGGGACUCCUGACCCUGCUUGUGUUGCUUCUAUGAUGGUUGUAUGCACCAGAGAUGUAUAUAAUUGCCAAUCUGCAUUUUUACUGGUGUGAUCACACCAUUAUACAAUGCUAGCCAAAAAGAAAAACAAAACCGUUUACCUUCUCUUCAGCCUUUUGAAAAGCAGACAUACAGUGGUGUUGGAUUAUGGGUCUGCAAAUGAAAUGAGUAGUUUGAAGAUGCCACUGCAUGUAUGUAAACCAGCCUCUUCAGAGUCCGAAUUUCUAUACCUGAGCCCUCCCCCCACCCUACCUCUACUGUGGACCAGCUCCACCCAUUCUUCUUCCUCAAAGGAUUUCUUCCUAGGCAACACCCAAAUCUUUUCAUCUUUUGCUGCUAUGCUAUUUUUAAAGAUUCCCAGAACAAAUCAAGCCUGGAUCUUUUCUCCUGAAGAAUGACACAGCCCACCUUAUGCUUUGUAAGACCUUCAAUGAAGGUAGAGAGCAGUGCAGGGAGGGAGGAGGAGGGAGCCCUUCCUUUUACUUCCUUCAACUACCGGAAGAGUUGCCAUUGUCAGGCUAUGAUUCCUGGAAGCACAGGAGAGACCCACAGGAGGACAAAGACUGAACUGGUCUUGUGCCUACCCUUACUGGGUGGCUUCAGGGUGGCUGACACUGUCCUCCUGACAAUGUCCAACAUGGUAGUAUCAAUACAGAUAUGCUGCUUCUGUCUGUGUGUAUGUGUGUGUGCAUGCACGCGCACGCAUAAGAAAGAAAGAGAAAGAGAGAAGCUCUGAGGCCCCUAAUAUGACUGUUUGGAUGAGAAUGUGGUGCAACUGUUUCACAUGUCUGCUGGGUAAUGAUCACACUAAAGAUAUAUACCCCCUAACUAGACCACCAGCUCCCCAAAGGAGUGGCUCUCGGGGAUCUAUGCUCCUCAGACUGGUGAAGACAAACAAGGCAUAGCCACUGGAAGGAGUAUAUCAGAGAACACAAAGAAAUGCUUUAGGUUCUGCCCUGUUGCUCCACAGAAAUGGCAAGUCGUAAUGAAACCCCAGAGGUAGAAGGGACCUCAAGCCCCAUCCAGGGAUGCUGUGACAGACACCAGGGUGUCCUCCUCAGUGACCAUCCCCCACUCCAUCCACUUCUCUAGCCACCUCCCACAAGAGGGACUACAAAUCCCCAGUCUAGCUUCCUUUGCAUCUUGAAGUGACCAUGUGACCAGAUAUUGGCCAAUGAGAUUGAAGCCGAAGUCUACAGGGGCUUCUAGCAGAGCUUACACUUUUCUGAUAAAACAACAUAGUUAAUCCUCUCCCCUUGUCCCUCUCUUCUUGCCUUGAUUGAGGAUAUGAUGCCUACAACCAUAGUAGCCAUUUUGCUACAUAAGGAAAAGGCCAAGAGAAUCCCAGAGAUGUAAACCCUAUCUUUUUUUUUUUUUUUUUG